GUCGGUAUCUCGAUCCUGGGCUUCUCGAUUGGUUAUACCCUGGAUGCCGUGGGACCUAUUGUGGUUGCCAGCAUGCUUUCAAUAUUUGUGUUCAAAGAGAUGACUCAAGGAAAGCAACUGAUGCUGUACUGGGGCUCCUUCACCUUGCAACUGGCCGGUGUGCUCCUGAUGACUUUCUUCAGUGAGCACAAGUAG